GCUGCUGCUGCUCGCUUGGAAUUUUUCGGCGGAUUUCACUGGAAUAUUAUGGCCGGCCUGCUGCGCAACGUUCACCUCGCCCUGCGGAGGCUCGAGCUGCACAUCGCGAACGCGCUCGCCCGACAAUUUCCACCAGAAGCUUAUGCAUUAAAUGUGUUACAUCUUGAUGAUACACCAACAAAACAAGGAAAAUCAUUCAGUUUAAAGGAUAUACUUAAUGAUGCAUUCCUAUACGCCGUGCCUAAGCAUCGCAGGUCUCUAGAAAAACGCCAAAAACGUCGAUUUGGCCUCCCAGAGUACAACUGGAAAAUGUUAUCACCGAAAACCAACAUUCGAACUUGCAACGUAUGUGGGGAUGACCAUGAAGCUGGUAAACUGUGCCCUACUUGUUAUAGCAAAGUCAUAGAAGAAACAAAACGAAUGCAAGACAAAAUCCAAGCCGAAUUGAAACUGGAGCCGGUUGAAAAAGAAGUCGUUGUGCUUUACGAAGGCGAGAAAGAUGAUAAACCAGCUGAAUUCUGGAAGGGUAAGCGGAUUGUCGAGAUGGAAACCACACGUCCUGCUUGGUUUAGUAAGAAUUUAACUGAAAAGACAACACAGCAACCAGCUACGACCAAAGAUGUCAAACCGAAUCAAUUGGGAUAAAUAUGUUCAAGUAGUAUUAUAGUUUUCAUCAACUUUAAAUCAAAUAUAUCAAUAAUAAUUGGUACAAAA